AUUUUUCCACAUCUUAUUAAAGUGGUCCCAGCAUUAUUUCUGAUCCACCCGUACUAAAGCAUAGAUUGUUCUCUAUCGGAUAGAUAAGGGGCUGCAACUACUCCCCUUCGAUGAAGUAGCUCUGCUGGCAGUUCCAAUUCAUUUUUCGUUUUGAACACGAGUAUUUGGUUUGUGCUUUGUGAGCAUGACUUGCUGAUUGGUCUCUGUCUGUCUGAUAGAUAUCAAACGCCGUUCUUUGGGUGCUUUUUAUAUAAAAGAAUUAUUAGUGAACGCGGUUGUCUCAGAUUAUCCAAUUAAAGCAUUUGAUCAGUUUGAAAAGUGGAAGCAGAAUGGAACGUUGGCAAAACAAAGUAGCGGUUGUAACUGGAGCCAGUGCCGGUAUUGGAGCGGCGAUUGCCGCGGAUUUGGUAAAAAAUGGUUUUGUUGUGGUUGCUUUGGCUCGACGUGAAGAACGCCUUCAAGAAAAUCGACGUAAACUUCCGGAAAAUCUACAAUCCCGGUACCAUCCUAGAAGAUGUGAUGUUAGCAAUGAAGACGAGGUAAAAGAUACCUUCGCCUGGAUCGAGACAAAUUUAGGAGGAACUGAUGUCCUUGUUAACAACGCCGGAAUUGGUGCGAUUGGUGUGGAGCUUUCAGCCUCUGAUAAUACCCAGGUCAUUCGAAAUGUUGUGGAGACGAAUAUAAUGGGUGUAGUGUAUUGUGUACGGGAGGCGUUCAAUUCGAUGAAAAAGCGGAACUUUGACGGGCAUAUCGUAAUAAUAAAUAGUGUCGCAGGACAUUAUGUUCCUAUCGUGCCUUUUGGCUCGGUGAAUAUCUACCCUGCUUCCAAGUUCGCAGUAACGGCAAUGGUUGAGACUUAUCGCCAGGAAUUCGCGAAUGCUGGAACGAAAGUUAAAGUUACGAGUGUCAGUCCUGGAGGUGUCUUAACUGAAAUAAUGCCAAAUAUGGAAGCGUAUAGAGAUGCAGGUAAUCCACUUUUGGACGCAGAGGAUAUAUCAAAUGGUGUAUUAUAUGUCUUAAGCACACCGCCCCAUGUCCAGGUUCAUGAAUUGACUAUAAGACCUAUUGGAGAGAAACUGUGAGCCGCUAAUUAUCAGCCAGCUGCACCUAUGUUUGUUCGUUGUUUUUUAGAAAAAUAUUCUUGCAUUUAUAAUUUUUUAUUGUUAUUGUUUUCGUUUUGAAAAUACAUAUGUGAC